UGUUAUUUUCUGAGAACACAUUUCGAAGUCAUUCAAUUGCCAUUAUCAACUAGUCAGCAUGGUCGAGACAGUUCACUUGUAUGGAUUUCCCACUGUGGAGUCUUCAGAAGCAGUGAAAUUUUUUGUGGAGGAGCAUGCUGGAGAAGGAACUGUUCUCUCUGUCAAUGUUCUUCCACCAAACCAGAGAGGAUUCAGAUCAUCUGCCAGAGUUCAAUUCACUACUGCAGACAGUGCUGCAAUGAUACUUCAAUUAGCCGAUGAUCGAGCCCUGUGGUAUGGAGGGUCUUAUCUGGAUGCUCGAGAAUGGAAGCAUGACAGGGAAUCGAACUCCACAUUCUUGGAGAAACUUGUGACACUUCACUUCGGAAGCAAGAUAUCUGAGGAGAGGUUUUCGGUGCUUUGGACAAAAUCAGAUGUUACUGUGAAAUUUGGGAUGGAACUGAAAGAUGUGCACCUUUUUUUCUCCGAUGAUGGUGCUGAAUACAAGCUUGAGCUUCCAUCUGACACUAUUUUCCGGAUUGAGCUGCAUAGUCCACGUGGUCAGUAUACAAAGUUUCUUCUCAUCCAGUUACGUGGUGCCCCUCGGAUCUAUAAGAAGGAUGUAACUGUGAAUUCUCACUGGAUUCGGGAAGUUGAUUUUACUCCAUCAUGCUGCAUUGGGCAAUCCUCUUCUCUAUGCUUGGAACUUCCAUUUGAGUGUUCACUUCCUGAUCUACUCAAGACCUUUGUGUACUAUAUAGAGACUGAGGGACAGUUUGGCCUGAAAGAAGGUAACACUUUCUCUGGAAGCACAACUCUUGUUCCUAUUCUGGCUCCACCCCCAGGCAUUAACUUGCCAUAUAAAAUCAUGUUCAAGAUAAAUUCAUUGGUUCAGCAUGGUUGUAUUCCCGGGGAAGCUCUUGAUGUCGAGUUCUAUAAUCUAGUAGAUCCUACUAGUAUAAGAAUUGAAUAUAUAGAGUGUGCCCUGGACAAACUGUUCAACUCCAAGGAGUGCUGCUAUGAACCUGUGAGGUGGUUACUUGAGCAGUACAUCAUGUAUGAGCAAUCCAAGAGGAUUCCUCAGUCACCAGCUAUAUCUUUAGCUGAAGGCUUUGUGUAUGUACACAGGGUUCUGAUUUCACCAAGUAAAGUAUACUUCUGGGGUCCAGAGGUAAAUCUCUCUAAUAGUGUUUUAAGAGCUUUUCCUAAAGAUAUAGACAAUUUUCUUCGGGUUUCUUUCGUUGAAGAAGACUUGGGGAAGAUGCGGUCUGUAGAUUUGUGUCCACGGAUUGUUGGUUCAGAAGAGAAGAGGAGAACUAGAAUUUACGAAAGGAUACUUUCUACUCUAAGGGAUGGGAUAGUGAUUGGUGAUAAGAAGUUUGAAUUUCUAGCACAUUCGGGAAGUCAGUUGCGAGAGCAUUCUGCGUGGAUGUUUGCUUCCAGAAGGGGCCUUACUGCUCAAGGAAUUAGAGACUGGAUGGGAGAUUUUAGUCCCAUUAAAAAUGUGGCUAAAUAUGCAGCCAGGCUUGGUCAGUCUUUCAGCUCAUCUUGGGAGACUUUUAGUGUUGGUUUAGCUGAAAUUGAAGACAUUCCUGAUGUAGAAAUUGAAAGGCAUGGAACCAAAUAUUGCUUCUCUGAUGGAAUUGGGAAGAUAUCUGCUGAAUUUGCUGAUGCAGUGGCAAGAAAAUGUGGAAAAAGUUCUACUCCAUCCGCCUUUCAAAUCCGUUUCGGUGGCUAUAAAGGUGUUGUAGCCGUUGAUCCAACAUCGUCAAAGAAGCUGUCAUUGAGAAAGAGCAUGCUCAAGUUCGAAUCACGCAACACAAAGUUAAAUGUCCUGGGAUGGAGCAAGUACCAGUCUUGUUUCCUCAAUCGUCAACUGAUUACCCUUUUGUCCACCCUUGGAGUUAAAGAUUGUGUUUUUGAGAAGAAGCAAAAGCAGGCAAUGAAGCAGUUGGACGGGAUUCUAACUGAUCCAUUGAAGGCACAGCAGGCAUUGGAUUUGAUGUUCCAAGGAGAAGUUAUCAACAUUUUAAAGGAAAUGCUGGUGUGCUACAAGCCAAAUCAAGAGCCAUUUCUCUCUCUGAUGCUUCAAUGCUUAGUUGCAUCAAGACUUGCAGAACUGCGGUGCAAAUCACGGAUUUUUGUCGAAAAAGGAAGAUAUCUGAUGGGAUGUCUAGAUGAAACUGGGACAUUGGAUUAUGGUCAGGUAUUUGUGCAAUGCUCUCACCAUGCUAUCUUCAAUGGCAGCAGCAGUAGUUCGACUGCAAGCCACGACAAAUUUACUGUUAAGGGUAAGGUAUUUGUUGCUAAAAAUCCAUGCUUACACCCUGGAGAUGUCCGUGUUCUUAUGGCUGUGGACGUGCCGGCGUUACACCACAUGGUGGAUUGUGUUGUGUUCCCACAGAAAGGAAAGAGGCCUCAUCCUAAUGAAUGUUCAGGCAGUGAUUUAGAUGGAGAUGAUUAUACUGUCUGCUGGGAUCAUGAACUGAUUCCUCCUCGGCAAACUAAUCCGAUGAACUAUACUCCUGCACCCACUGAGGAAUUGGAUCACAAUGCUACCAUUGAGGAAGUCGCAGAGUCUUUUACCAACUACAUGGUAAAUGACAACUUGGGCAUCAUUUCAAAUGCACAUCUUGUCACUGCAGAUAUUGAACCACAGAAAGCUAUGAGUUAUAAAUGUAUUGAGCUCGCCAGGCUCCAGUCUCUUGCUGUUGACUCUCCCAAAACUGGUGUGGUAGUGACACUGCCGCCUGAGCUGCGUAUAAAAUCUUUCCCAGAUUUCAUGGAAAAGGUUAACGGGAGAACCUACAAGUCCAAGCGUGUGAUUGGGAAGCUCUACCAACAGGUGAAAGAUACUGAGCUAGGAUCACAUUCACACUCUUUUAAAUCCUUUACUAAGGAAGUGGCUCGGAGGUUUUAUGAUCCUGACAUGUUGGUAGAUGGAUACAAAGAUUACAUUGAGGAUGCCAUCAGUUACAAAAUGGAGUAUGACCACAAGCUGCGAAAUCUGAUGGAGUAUUACGGUAUUGGAACUGAAGCUGAUAUACUGAGUGGAAAUAUCGCCAGUGUAUCAAAGUUCUUCAACAAUAGAAAGGACUUACAGUCGAUUAACUAUGCUGUGAGGUCAUUGAAGAAUGAGGCAAGGACAUGGUUCAUGGAGGAGCCAAAUAGUGAUGAUCAAUCAGAUUUCAGAACUGAUGUCUCUGUGGAUGAAGCAAAAGCAUCAGCAUGGUACCAUGUUACAUAUCAUCAUCACUACUGGGGUUACAACAACAAGGGUAUGGCAAGAGAGCAUUUCCUGAGUUUUCCAUGGUGUGUUUCCGAAGUUCUCAUCCAGAUAAAGAGGCAUAACAUGCACAAGUAAAAGAAGUCAUUACAAAAGUCAUCACAGAAGAGCCAUUAGAUUUGGCAACCGAAUAACAUCAGUGUCUGUUCAUGAAUUGUUGAUUAAUCCUUAGCUGUU